GCAUCCUCUGCGAGGCUCAAAAGGGUCUAAGUAGCACGCGCAUCGAGAUGGCGCGAAAAGUCCGCGAAAGCUGUAGAGAGGUGGCCGUGCGGGAUGGCAGCGACUGAGGAGGGGCCUGAGACCCCUACUGAGCGGCUGGAUGUCGCGCGCGGCUUGGAGAACGUGCCUGUGAGCGCGUGGCCCCCGGGGGCGGAGCCAGAGCCCUUCCAGUAUACUCCUGACCAUGUAGCUGGACCUGGAACAGAUGUUGAUCCCACACAAAUAACCUUUCCCGGAUGUAUUUGCCUCAAGACUCCCUGCCUCCCUGGUACUUGCUCCUGUCUCCGUCAUGGGGAGAACUAUGAUGAUAAUUCACGCCUUAGAGAUAUAGGAUCGGAAGGAAAGUGUGCCAAGCCAGUUUUUGAAUGCAACGUCCUGUGCCAGUGCGGUGACCACUGCAGGAACAGAGUGGUCCAGCAGGGUCUGCAGUUCCAACUCCAGGUGUUCAAGACGGACAAAAAAGGCUGGGGACUUCGUACCUUGGAACUGAUACCAAAAGGACGGUUUGUCUGUGAAUAUGCUGGUGAAGUUUUGGGAUAUGCUGAAGUACAGAGAAGAAUUCAGUUACAAACAGUGCACGAUCCAAAUUACAUUAUAGCCAUCAGAGAACAUGUGUACAACGGGCAGGUAAUGGAAACAUUUGUUGAUCCUGCCUAUAUUGGAAAUAUUGGAAGAUUUCUCAAUCAUUCUUGCGAGCCAAACCUGCUAAUGAUUCCUGUCCGAAUUGACUCAAUGGUACCAAAGUUGGCACUUUUUGCAGCCAAAGAUAUUUUGCCUGAAGAAGAACUCUCUUAUGACUAUUCGGGAAGAUUUCUGAAUCUAAUGGACAGUGAAGACAAAGAAAGGCUAGAUCAUGGGAAAAUAAGAAAACCUUGUUAUUGUGGUGCCAAAUCAUGUGCUGCUUUCCUGCCUUAUGACAGUUCGCUGUUCUGCCCCUUAGAAAAGCCAGACGUCAGUUAGGAGCAAAAAGCACGGGAGGAACACAUUAGGCCUCUCUCAGUGGGUGAGAGUGAGAAGGAACUGAACUUGUCUGGCUCAGCCCCUUCCCAGAUCCUCUCUUUCAAGCAGUUUAGCCUCCAGGUAAGUCUCUGCUCUGUGCUAAGCACUUGGGUUUCACUGUAGGGGAGGCAGGUGGUUGUCUGACUCUGCCUCUGUCUGGCUGCAGAAGUUUAACUCAGGAAUAUGGCAGAGACUAUAAAUUGUCUGGCAAUACCCCUUCUCCCCUUCUAUAGUAGAAUUCUCCAUUUUUAGCUGGAUACUUUUCCUAGUUAGAUGUGGCUAAGUGACUAUGUUCUGCUAAUGAGAUAGAAGCAAAAAUGGUGUGUCUUUAAACAGAGACAUUUUUCCUUAUCCCAGUCUUUCUUCCUGUUGGCUAGAGUGUAUGCAUAUAGCUGGAGCUGGGCAUCCAUCCCAGACCCCAAAAUGACCCUAGAAAAGGAGGCCAUACAUAGCUAAUGAACAAACUUGACAGGAGUCAGUGCCAGAUACUCUGGAACUCAUCAGUCCUGAUCUGAUAACCUCUGGACUUUUAGGUGAGAGUCUCCCUCAUUUAUGCCACUCUUAUUUUCAGUUUUCUAGCACUAGCACCAAACUUCAUCAUAAUGAUCCAAGGAAACUCUUGGCUACGUACCUAAGCCUUGCUUUCCAAUCACUUUUAUCGGUAAUAAAGCUGGUAUUUUCAUUUC